AUGUGCUGUGCAGUGGGUGCCUCAGUGUCCAGGACUCCAUCUCCAGAAGGUCCUGAGCUCAGUCACAUCCCCCGGGCCCUGGGCACUGCCCUAGGCAGCAAGUGUUGUGGGCUGGGCCUGUGGGCCCAGCAGGCCAUGCCAUGUGGCACAGAUGGCUCCCUCAUGGUCCACAUCAUCAAAGGGAUGUCCACAUGUUUUUUCAGGAUGGCCCAUUGCUGUGUGGAGGCUGAGAACAAGGUGUACAGUUUGUGUAAGAUGCCAAAUGACACCAGUGGACUGAAUCAUGAUUACAUGUUUGUGACGCCAAUUGAGGUGGAUGCUCGGGGUGGGUAUGUGUCCCACGAUAUGCUGCGGCGAGGUCGGAAUAAGAGGUCCCUGCCGUCCAUGGGGGGCCCUGUACACUACAGGCUAUCUGCCUUCGGGAGGGACAUGCACCUGGACUUACAGCCUGCCAUGGUAGUGGCAGAGGGCUUCACAGUACAGGUACUGGGGACAGAGGGCAUCACCACAUUGGCACAGGAGCCAGCCCAUCAGGACUGCUUGUAUCAGGGAUUUAUACGCAACCUCACAGCUUCCUCUGCAGCCAUAUCUACAUGUUCUGGCUUGUCAGGUCUGAUCCGGAUGUCUGAUGAUGAGUACUUCAUCGCCCCCUUGCCCCAGCACCUAGCUGCAGAGCACAACUACAGCUCCCCGAGUGGACACCACCCACACGUGGUCUACAAACGCUCGGCUGAACACAAAGUCCAUGGUGGCCAGAGGUCUGUCCACAGCUCCCAACCUGACAACCCAUAUCUACAGCACCAUCACCAGCAUCACCACGACUACCAGCACGGGAAGCUGCAGAGACAACACUUCUGUGGACGCCGCAAGCAAUACACUCCCAAGCCCCCUGCUGAGGAUCGUCUCGCCAUGCCUGAUGAGUUUGAGCUCCCAGGCAGGGGGAAGCGAUCACCCAUCACGUCUAACAAGGUGGGGACCCUGAAUGUGGAAACGCUGGUGGUGGCAGACAGGAAGAUGCUGGAGAAACACGGCAGAGAGAACGUCACCACCUACGUCCUCACUGUUAUGAACAUGGUUUCCAGCCUUUUCAAAGACGGCACCAUCGGAACUGAUAUCAACAUUGUGGUGGUCAGCCUGCUUCUUCUAGAGCAAGACCCACUCGGCCUGUCCAUCAACCACCACGCCGACCAGUCUCUCAACAGUUUCUGCCAGUGGCAGUCGGGCCUGAUCGGUAAGCGCCACGACCAUGCCGUGCUCCUCACCGGCCUGGACAUCUGCUCUUGGAAGAACGAGCCCUGUGACACCCUGGGUUUUGCUCCUAUAAGUGGAAUGUGUAGUAAAUACCGGAGCUGUACGAUUAAUGAAGACACAGGACUGGGCUUAGCUUUCACCAUCGCUCAUGAAUCAGGCCACAAUUUUGGGAUGAUCCAUGAUGGAGAGGGGAAUCCUUGUCGGAAAGCUGAAGGAAACAUCAUGUCUCCAACCCUGGCAGGAAAUAACGGGGUCUUCUCCUGGUCCGCCUGCAGUCGCCAAUACCUCAGCCGCUUCCUUGGAACAGCUCAAGCAUCAUGUCUGGUGGAUGAGCCCGGGCAGAUUGGGCAGUAUAAAUACCCAGAGCAGCUCCCAGGUCAGCUCUAUGAUGCUGACACACAGUGCAAGUGGCAGUUUGGCUCCAAGGCUAAACUGUGCAACCUGGACUUUGUCAAGGACAUCUGUAAGUCACUGUGGUGCCACAGGACAGGUCACCGGUGUGAGACCAAGUUCAUGCCCGCUGCCGAGGGCACCAGCUGUGGGACUGACAUGUGGUGUCGGCGAGGCCAGUGUGUGAAGUAUGGUGACCACGGUCCGAGAGCUGUUAACGGUCAGUGGUCAGGAUGGUUGGAGUGGUCGGACUGUUCCAGGACCUGUGGGGGAGGGGUGAUGUACAGGGAGCGAUCCUGCACCAGCCCCAGGCCACAACACAACGGGAAGUUUUGCCAGGGCUCCAGUCGUCUCAACCAGCUGUGUAACACAAAGCCGUGCCAGCCCAGCGGAGUGGACUUCCGUGCCCAGCAGUGUGCUGAGUACAACAGCAAACCCUUCAGGGGAUGGUACUACAAAUGGAAACCCUACACCAAGGUGGAAGCUGAGGAUAUCUGCAAGCUGUACUGCAUCGCUGAGGACUUUGACUUCUUCUUUGCCAUGGCCAGCAAAGUCAAGGAUGGGACAUCCUGCUCAGACCACAGAGGGGACGUGUGCAUCGAAGGAGUCUGUGAGCCAGUGGGUUGUGACCAGGUCCUGGGCUCUAAGGCAACUCUGGAUGCCUGUGGAGUUUGUAGAGGGGACAACUCUACCUGUAAGUUCUUCAGAGGACAGUACGUCCUCCAGCACAGAGCUAACGAAUACUACGCCAUGGUGACCAUCCCACCUGGAGCACGGAGCAUCCGUGUUCAGGAGAUGGAGAUCUCCACCAGCUACCUGGCUGUGCGCACCCUGAAGAGGAAGUACUAUCUGACAGGGGACUGGACGGUGGACUGGCCUGGAAAGUUCCAGUUCGGUGGGACGGUGUUUGACUAUCAGCGCUCUUUCAACCACCCAGAGAGCCUGUACACGGCUGGACCCACUAAUGAGACCCUGGUCUUUGAAAUCCUGCUGCAGGGUAAGAACCCGGGUGUGGUGUGGGAGUACACCUUGCCCCGCAGUGAGAGGAAACCCAACUACACAUGGGGAGUGGUUCGCUCUGACUGCUCUGCCCCGUGUGCUGGAGGUCGGAUCUCGACAAAAGCCAUUUGUUUGCAAGAUCAGCGGACCCAAGUCAACUCGACACAGUGCAACCCUCAGACCAGACCAGUGCUCAGCUCUCACCUGUGCAACACGCAGCCCUGCCCAGCCUACUGGACGACAGGGGACUGGGGACCCUGCAGUCGGUCCUGUGGGGGCGGGCAACAGACACGUCACAUCCAGUGCUUGCGUAAGGUGACGUACCAGCGGGAGGAGGUGGUGGCUCACUCCCUGUGCCCGGUCAUCGCCCCAGCCCAGGUGCAGCCCUGCCACACCCAGGCUUGCCCACCUGAGUGGAGCUCUGGAGCCUGGUCACAGUGUUCCAAGUCGUGUGGGCGUGGGAUGAGGAAGCGCGGCGUGUUCUGCAGAAGCACUGACCCCGGAGCAAAGGCUGUGGUGGUGCCGGACAGUAUGUGUAAGCCACACCACAAACCCAAGGGCCAGGAGACCUGCGUGGUGCGCCGCUGCCCCAAGAAUGACCGGCUGCAGUGGUUCACAACACCCUGGGGCGAGUGCUCCACAUCCUGUGGCCCAGGUGUCAGAAGCAGAGAGCUGCGUUGUAGGGAGAGGGAUUCACAGGGGGGCUACACAGAGUUCCCUAUGAGAAGGUGCAGGAACCUUCCCAAACCCUCUGGGGAGCUCCAGCAGACCUGCAGCAUGGGGCCGUGCCCAGAGCCUCGACCUGUCGUCCCAGGAAGGACAGCCAGUGCAGUGGUCCUGGGCUGGUACUCUUCUCCUUGGCAGCAGUGUUCUGUAUCCUGUGGGGGAGGGGUACAGUCCCGUUCUAUCCAGUGUCUGAGACAGGGACGUCCUGCAGCUGGAUGCCUGAACCCCCAGAGACCCAUAACAUCCCGGGCCUGCAACACACACUUCUGUCCUGCUCCUCGUCCUGCUCCUCCUUCUUGUGUUGACUUCUUCAGCUGGUGUCACCUGGUUCCUCAGCACAGUGUGUGCAAUCACAAGUUCUACGGACAUCAGUGCUGCAAGUCCUGCAGUGGCAAAAAGCCAUAA